CAACUUACAGCUAUGGCAAAGUGUACCAGUGAUUCUUCGGACAGCGUCGCAAGGUUCACGGGGGAAAAAGAGGUGAACAUGUCGCCUAAGCACGUAUCUCGGUCUAGCAGCGUAGUGAAGAACUUACCUGCACAAAUCGCCACAAAGACGUCAAGUAUUGUUGAGGUGCCUGGUCAGCCGACCAAACAGCUCAAGCGAUCUGGGAGCUCACCAGAGUUUUCUGCCAAGGCUGACCAUCCUCAAGUGCCUUCAUCUGCUUCUGAUGCACCCAUUGAACCAGCGGCUGUGCGCAAAUGCUAUUCGCGAGAUGCUCUUCUUCAGAUGUCACUCUCGCCAUUGGCCACGCAGAUGCCUCCCGAUUUCCCUUCAUUGGACCCCGAAGUGGAGAAUGUGAUGGUAAAGCAGCACAUCACACCUUUUGACUCUUAUGGAUUCCGGCAAUGGAUGAUGCAUCAGGCCUCAGUCUCCGACUUUUUCUCAAGUUCUCCAGUUUCAUCCACACCACCGCUGUCUGAUGUAUCAGAGGUGGAAGACUCGAGUGUUGCCUGAAGAAUGCCUGUGUAGAAUGAAAACGCAUUUUGUUUUACCAUGUAGAUACUUUUAAUUUAGGUCAUAACACUCACUCUGAGUGACCCUAAUAAAAGUUUGUAAUAUGU